AUGGCUACACAGACCAUUGAUGAUACUUCCAAAACCGGACCAAUACGAACUACUGUAGGAGAUUAUUUAAAACCACUUAAUACAGAAUCCGGUAAAGUUGCUCCCGGAUGGGGAACUACUCCUUUUAUGGGCAUUGCAAUGGCCCUAUUUGCAGUAUUCUUAUGUAUUAUCUUGGAGAUUUAUAAUUCUUCCAUUUUAUUAGACGGAAUUCCAGUUAGUUGGGUCUAG